AUUAGCUCCCAAUUCGGAUCUUAGACUCUCUACACAGCGCAAGUUAUUUUGAAGGGUAAGCAUAUUACAGAUUUUGCUAUAUGAUUUCUUUUUCGUUGUCCAACUCAAAGUUUUUUACUCAGCUGUUUUAUUUGACAGAUUUUGUUCCUCGUGGCUCUCUAAAAAAGCUUUUAAUCAGCUUUAUCACGGUAAUAGCCUGGAAGAUUUUUUCAACUGUGAAGCUUUGCAGUCUUCGUUAUGUUUCUGACAAGAUCAGAGUACGACAGGUUGGUAAUUUUGCCAGGACCUCGAAAAAAUAUAUUGCACUUUGUACGUAAGCUUAACUUUUAUAAAGAUUUGUAACGUUUAGUGAACUAAUUAUUUUUACGCUUGCUUGUAUUAUCCUAUUAGAGGAGUUAACACUUUCUCGCCAGAAGGACGGCUUUUUCAAGUGGAAUAUGCCAUAGAAGCUAUCAAAGUAAGUCAGUCAUUUGAUCACUCUUGAUUAUUAAGAGUCAUCACAUCUGAUUUCUCCUCACAUGACAGUUGUAUAUAUUAAGUAGUAUGGUUCAUAUCACAGUAAAUGGUAUUUUCCAUGGUAUGUUAUCCGUGGCUCUUUUUUAUCUACUACUAAUGGUAAACCCAAGGGGAAAAGUAACACCUUAGCAUGGCCAGCUGUGUUGUUGGGGCAGUCAAACCUUGAGGUGUCAUUUUUUCAGGGAAAUCAUUGGUGGCAUUGUGGCAUUGAUGGCUGUUUUCUCAUGUUACCUGCCUACACCGCAUCAUUAUACGUUUCUGGAAAACUGCCCACCUACCCCUCCCCUAAGCUAACAUUAACACUUACUGCUCACUUAGGGCAAAAUGUCUGCUUAGGGGAGGGGUAGGUGGGGAGUUUCUCUAAAACAUAUAAUAAGCCCCCACACCUUGGAGCUUGACAUUGAUGGCAUUAUUAUUCUCAAGUUUUAUUGUAUUUUCACCACAUGGCAGAAAGGAAAACCAAAAAAAACUGUUGUAAUGAUGUCAAAUGUUUUUUGAACCUAAGCACAAAAAUAGUACCACUUUUUACAGAGUUUCAGUCUAUACAAUUUAUGUACAAUUUCUUGCUGAUAAUCAGAUUUUGUGUUUUUAGCUUGGAUCAACUGCGAUUGGUAUACAAACAUCAGAAGGUGUUGUUCUUGCUGUUGAAAAACGAAUUACCUCUCCACUCAUGGAGCCAAACAGUGUUGAAAAGAUUGUGGAAAUAGACAGUCAUAUAGGUAUCACAACAUCUUGCAAUGUUGUAAAUACAUCAAUUAAGUGGAACCUCCCAUGAGCGAUUUUUCAAAAAAUGCUAAGAUCUAGUGGUCGGUUAUUGGAGGAGGUCAUUUUAAAAAAGAUUUAAACCACAAGGAUUCUUUUCUUAUGACGAGUCUGGCACAGAUUAGUCUCUUUCGCAGCCGUUUUAGGGUGGUCACCAAAUGCUCCUCCCCACAAAGCAUUUGCAUUGUGUGACGACCCUGAAAAUGGCUGUGAAGGAGACUAUGCACAGAUCUGCUUGGGGAUUUAUUGCGUACAGUUUUUAAGUUACAAUAUGUAGCAGUUGGCAUAGUGAAAAUAAAAGCUUUUUUACCGUGAGUUUUGUGGUAUAUAUGGUGAUAAAGCCAAGGUUGUGCUCUCAGAAAAUGGUUGUAAAGGAGCUCAAAGCUGUCAUUCAAAAUUUAACUCUCACUCAGAUUCUAAGAGCAUUGUUAUGCUAGGUAACUCUUCUUACAAAGUCACAUGAUAAAAAUGUCAUUACCCUUAUAAAAUUUUGACCUUAGUUUACGGUUUUUUGUUUUGAGGUUGUGCCAUGAGUGGCCUGAUUGCUGAUUCAAGAACAAUGGUUGACAAAGCAAGGGUGGAGGCACAGGUGAAGCCCGAAUAUUCACAUAGAAAUUCUCAAGACUGAUUUCCAUACAUUUCCUUAAAGAAUUAUUUGAGAGAAAUUGUUCUAAGAUCAAAGCAUCCUCCCUUUGAUUAUCAUUUCUUAAAUUCUCUCAUUUUUUUCUCUUGAUAGUAUAUUGAUACAUUUAGGAGAAAAUUGAUGAUGAAUUGAUGAUUUCAUUAAUUCUCAUAACUUUUUCUCUUGAUUCUGUAUUGAUAAUGUUAGGAGUAACUUGAUGAUGAUUCUCUUAGGGCUGAAAGGGUUAAUGCACACUUCAAGCUAUUUUUUGUUGAUCUCGUUGCACCCACACUUCCUUUAAUUUCAUUAAUAUAAUGUUAAUUUUUAAUGAUGGUUCUGUGCCUUUAUAGAAUCACUGGUUUACGUACAAUGAACAGAUGAGUGUAGAAAGCGUCACACAAGCAGUGUCAAAUCUUGCACUUGAGUUUGGAGAUGAUGAUGCAAGAGAAGGAGCAAUGGUAGGGAGUCCUUUGAUUUUCUUUUCUGAGUUAACAAAGUAACAUUCUACAUGUAUGGUCUUCCCUUUCAUCAGUAUAACCAUAAACCCUUCUAGUGCUAAUGGAAGCAGCUCAAAAGACAAUGAAAUGCUGAAGCUGAUUUGAGUUAAAUCUGUGACAAGACACUGCUCCAAAUUGCAGUUUUGACAUAAAUCUUUGUUUUGUCAUUAUUUUUUCCCUUAGAGUCGUCCAUUUGGAGUGGCAUUACUUUUUGGUGGAGUGGAUUCCAAAGGACCACAACUGUAAGAUUGCCUUCCAAAGUUGCCUUUCAUUGUUUAUGUUUACCAAAACUAGGGUGAAUGUAGAGGAACCCUUGAGAAUUGAAAUACAGUUAAACCUCUAUGUGUGUAAGCAACCACCUCCCUCAAGCAAAAUCUAAGUUUUCGCAGUCGAUGUACCUUACAGUCGGAACUUCUUGUAAAUGGCCACCUCUUGUAAGCUACCUUGUUUUGAGGCUGACAGUUUGAAAAAAUUAAAGUAGUUUUUAAGGAUUUUAACCUUGAAAGCAACCACUUGAUGCAUGGUCUGAUUUCUAUUUUCUCUGUAUAUACUAUCCUACCAGUGGCAGAUCCACACCUUCAGAUUGGGGUUGGGGAAGGGGGGGAGGGGGUGAGCAGCAGUCACCCAGACGCUGAGAUAAGAGGAGUGCCAGAUCUCAAAAAAAAUUUUUUUUUAGCCCUUCAGGCAUUAUUUUGGUCUAAAAAUAAGGGGGGUUUCCCCCUCGGCCCCUUCCCUUGAUCCACCACUGGCUACUUAAAGAAAAACUUUUAGUGACAACAUAGAACUACAAGCCCACCCUGGAUAAUAUAUUUUAAAUGAUGUUUUGCUCUUUUUUAUUAUUCUCAGUUACCACCUGGACCCAUCUGGAACUUUUUUCCAAUAUGACGCAAAAGCGAUAGGUAUACCAAGCACUAAAUAUCAACUGUUAAAUCCGUAACAUAUUUUAAGGGUUUAUAUUCUAAUAUGCUGUAAACCUGCUUUUGCUAAGGACUGAAAUAAAUACUCAGAAACUACCUUAAAAUGUGAGCGGUUUUGUCAGUUGCAAGACAGAUGAAUAUCUUCGAGCACAACAUUUUGCCUGAGCAUAAUUAUCUCUAGUAGAAAUUUUAUGGAAGACUUGAAAAUGUCAUUGAAGUAUUGAAGUAUUGCAUUGGUUACUGGUUUAUGAAGUGCUUCCAGCACAUUUAAGCUGCGUCUUUGUACUCUGUCUGCUGGGGUGGGUAAGCAAAGAGGAUGAGUUCUAUAAAUGGGGAACUGAUUUUUCAGCUUGUUGUUUGAAAACAUUAUCCCAUCUUUUUUGGGAAGCUUACCUCUCAUACAAGAAAUAACUUGCUGUGAAAAACAUACUAGCAAAGCUUUGCUUGUAGAGUAAAUAGUUUAGUUUAAGCUGUGAAUUCUUGUUUGGAUAAUCAGACUCAUAAUUUGGUUGGUGAUUUUGCUGAUGAAUUUGAACAAAUUACAGGCUCAGGAUCUGAAGGAGCACAGCAGGCACUAGAAGAAGUAUAUCAUAAGGUACUAACUGUUUUUUUGCACACUGAACAUUGUUGCUUGUGAUAUAACACUACCAAAAAGGCCCCGUUCAUUGCAGAAAUAAAAACAAACAAACAAAAAACUUGGGCUACAUAUAUUUUAGUCAGUUUAGGAUGAAUUGAAGUGGAGGAAGAGUGAUUGAAUUUCUUCUGUCCAAUGAUUUUAUCUGUAAUUGAGUAGUGCAUUGCACAAAUAAAAAAAUUAUUUCUGCUCUUAAAUAGCCUUUCAUUUUCCAGCACUCUGGCUUCAUGCAGUCAUUGUUUAAUAGAGGUAUGGGAGCAUAUGGAGUGCAAAGGAGAAGGUGCAAACCUGUUAGUGAUAGAGUUCGACCACAAAUUUCAAGCACUAAGGGUAGGAUGGGAGGGCUAGUACUGUCUGUUCUCGUGAGCAGUUGAUCAAGUGUGAAGAGCAGAAUGUACUGACAGUCGUCUUUUAAGCUUAAUUCAUCUCCCUAGAGAGCACCGAUCACACAGGAAUGCACUAAAACUAAAUUGGGUGUGAAUAUCUUUAUGAUGUAAUCUUCGUGCUUCAUUUUGAGUGUUGAGAUUAGCAAGACAUGGUCCUUUUUUCAAAAGACUAACAAGAAAUCCUUUCUCUCAAGAAGAGAGCCCCACCCCAUGUAUGGAUCGGCUUUUUAAGUACCUUUGUAUAUGAAGCAUAAAAUUUUUGUGUAUCAAAAUUAAAGACUUAGUUGGAAGUGGGAAAAAUUGUAGUCUAUUUAAAUCCAGUAGUUCACUCAUGACUGAGUUGAAGUUCUAUGUCGUACUUUUAGUCAAUGACUCUGAAGGAGGCAUGCAAAUCUGCUCUUACGAUACUCAAGCAAGUCAUGGAGGAAAAACUCAAUGCUACAAAUGUGGAGGUGAGAGGGGUGUAGGUAGAAAAAGCUACUUAGUUCCCAUUUGCCAGUAUAUUAACACAAUGAGGUGGUAUGAUAACACUGUUCUAUUUUUAUCACGAUGGUUGGCUGUGAUUGGUGCAUUCUAAUCCUUGCUGCUCCAUUGAUAUGUUGCCUGUUUAAGGAAGUAUAAAGAGCUGAUAUUCUUGUUCAAUUUCUGGUGCUUUGAUUUUCAAUCCACUUCUCAGAAAAAUAAUUGGAAGUAUGAAUUUUUUUCUGACAGUUACAGUAAAUCCUCUAUUAAGCCACUCCUCCCAAAUAAGCCUCACCCCUCCCCACUCCUCCGCUCACCCCUACCCUCACCCCUUAUUCGUUACACUUCAUAAAUAAUGGUCCAGUUUUGUUAUUUAAGACUAUAUUUAGGCAUUGAAACUGUUUCCUGUCAUCUGUUGCUAUGGAUGGCAAGGAUGGACAUGGAUUGAAACUUGAAAAAUUCAAGCCAAGUUUUUCAAAUUGAUUUCAAUUUUGAUUUUUGUUUCAGCUUGCAACUGCCACACCAGACAAAAAGUUCAGGAUGUUUACAAAAGAGGAGAUUGAGACUCUUGUGCAAGAGAUAAAAUAG